ACUUUUGUAUCGAAGACUUCAUUUAACCAAAAAUCCAAGGCGCAGUUAAUAACGGUAUUUUGACGAGUGACAAGAAUCGAUCUGCUUUAACACAAUGGUUAGCCUUGACAAGAAAGAAAGGAAGGUUGUGCUCAUAACUGGGGCUAAUGCAGGGAUUGGCUACAGCUUAGCAGAUCGUCUAUUAGCUUUGGACAUCACCAUCCUGAUUGUCUUAGCAUGCAGGAAUCUAUCUAAAGCUGAGACAGCCAAGCAGAAUCUUCUCUCUUCUCACCCAGACGCAACAAUAGAUAUUGUACAGCUUGAUACAAGCAAACUGAGUUCAGUCUACAAGGCUUGCGCUGAGAUCAACAAAAGAUACAAUCGACUUGAUUACCUGUAUCUUAAUGCUGGCACCAUGCCCAACGUAACAUUCAACUAUUCAAACUUCUUCAAGAGUUUUUUGAAUCCCAUGAAGUUCAUCAGAAUUUUAUCGACUGGUGAGGGACUGCUCAACGUCCAAGAUGGGACCACAGAAGAUGGACUAAGAAAUGUAUUCUGUACUAAUGUUUUUGGACACUAUGUACUGAUUCGAGGUCUAAUGGACCUUCUGUGUGCUAAUGAUGGCUGCCAGAUUAUAUGGACUUCGUCGAGCAAUGCAUCAGCCGAGCUAUUUAGUAUAGAUGAUAUACAACAUGAAAAUGGACCAGAGCCCUACAGCUCCUCCAAGUAUGCCAUAGAUCUUCUAAGCCAGGCAUUGAAUGACAAGUUUAAUUCUCAGGGUGUUUACAGCAGGGUUAUGUGUCCUGGAUUCACCUCCACUAACAUGACAUCACCUAUAUUACCAGGAUGGAUGUGGUCUUUUACUACUCCUCUAUUAUAUCUGUUUCGAGUUGUAGCACCAAGGCUUUGUAUUACUCCGUAUAAUGGAGCUGAAGCAUUAGUUUGGUUAUUCAGUUCUUCUCCAGAGACUACCAAGUCCGAUGUGAAGUAUGUCAGUCAUUGCUCCGUGCUUGGAACUAGAUAUGUUCACACUGACAAGCUUGACAUGAAUCCAGACUUUCCAGAGUUAUUAUACAAGAAGCUGAAUGCUUUGGAGCAAAGCUUUAGAAAUAAGUUUUCAAAUGGUCCUCAAAACAAAGUAUCCAUGUCAUGACCUUGUAACUAAUCAAGAUGAUAGUAUUAUUUAAUUUAAAAUCAUUGACAAGCUUGGAAAGUAAUUCUAUAAAAUAUUCAGUAUUAAGUAACAAGAAUCAUUCCAAGACUAUUUUCAGGGAGAAAUUAAGAUUAAAUUGAACCUUUACUUUGAAGUUUUCUUGCAGUUUUGGAUGACUACAUUAUGAAAUCACUUGCCAAAUUUUUUAUAAUGAUAAUCCGUAAUGAAAGGGAUUUUUUAAAUGAUUUUAGGAAAGGGUACAGUAUUUUGUAUUCUUACAGGUUUUUUAAUUUUUUUAGCAGGUUAUUUUGCACACAGAGAAAAACUCGUUCAGGGGGUGUUUGGAAAUGAUUUGGGGCAAUUCCACAUGGGAGAGGGUAAAAACAGUAAAUUUCAAAAUUAAUGAUGUGCAUCUGAAUGUGAGUGUCCUUUUUACACAAACCUUAUAUUUUAAGGAACUGAAAACCUUUUCCAAUAUCUUUUACGGUUUUUGCUGAACGAUCUUUUGAAUUUGAUGACCAUUUUCAAUUAGAGAACAUAUAUCUUACAUUAAUUUGGAUAAAUUUGAUAACUAAAGAAAUGUUUCAAAAUCAUCUAAUGUUGUGUGUGAAGGUGCAAUAAUUACCAGUAGCAAAUGUCUUUAUCAUGGGUAUUUUCAAAUUUCUCAGAGAAAAUUUUGCAAUGUACUACAAAACGGAUGUAAUUCCAUUACCAUAAAACUGAAAAAGUUUUUCCUAUGAACUAAAUACUUGAAUUUUAUAUAAUUCUGAAUUCUCUCAUUUCUUGUGACUUAACUAAAGAUUUAGCAACAUUUUUUUGAAAUAUUUCUAAUUCUGCUGUAACUCUGGUAACAGAAUUACAUGGUAACAGAAUUACCAUUAUCAUAUCUUUGAAGGGGUGUGUGUUAGCCCAUUUUGUUCCAUUAGCAUGUUGAUAUCUUAGCUGUAGUUCAUAGUUAAAGAUUAAAAGCCUUCUGAUUAGUAAUUACACUCCAAAUCAGGAUGAGAUUAUACAAUUACUUGACAUCAAGCCUUCAUUCGGUAUAAUAUUCAGAAAAAAGGUAAGAUAAUGUACAUUGGCAUUAAUAAAGUAUAUUGAUGGAGCAUACAAUGUAGGUGAAUGCCUUACAAAGGAUUAAUAGGCAAUCACUUCGUGAGGAGGAGUAGAAGAAUGAUUAUGCAGGAUGAUCUUAACAAAAUUGUCAUCCAGAUUGAUUUUGCAAAAAAUGUCACUGCCAAGAACCAGUUCUCAUGAGAUCCAAUAUACUGGAUGCACAAUCACAAAGUGACCAUGUUCACUGUGUGUGCCUUGGACAAGAAUAGCAUUCAUUUUUUUUGUAAUUGCCCCUGAUCAACUCACCCUCAACAGUCUGUAGUGAAUUUUUCAGUAAAGAAAAUUCUGGGAUGGCUGGGAGUAGUUCUAUGCUUCAAAGAAUUUGUUAUAUUUUUUAAAUGGUGCUGCAUAAUAAUUUAAGCGAUAUCUUCUGUGUAACUCUCCUUGCAUCGGAAGAUUGGACAUUCUUUGCAACAAGCCAUGGUGAGGGACCAGACUCUGGCAUUAAUUGGCGAACAGUGUAGCGAGCAGUAAAAAUUAAUGAGUGGAACAAGCUGAAGAGAGAUCCAUAAAACAUACUAAAACAUCAUACUAAAUCUUGAUACAGAUGACAUUUCCGAAAGUGUGGUGGAUUUUGACAAAGAUAUUCAAGAUGUCUUAAUUAGCACCAAACCAAUACUGUUCUCUACCCCUAUGAAAUGAAUGUUCAGAAACAUGCAAAGUCAGCGUCAUCCAAUAAUGACUGCUUUAGGGAUGGAGUAAGUGAGCAACAAUGAUGACCCUUCACGUAAGGAUGAUACACAGAAUGAACACUCCUCUAAGGAGAAGAUGGUGAUACCAACAGUGUCAUUAGUAACAAAACGUCUGAGAAUAGCAACAUAACAGAAGACAAACUCAAUUGGAAAUGGGUAGAAAUGUACAGCAUUCAUAUUUAGAUACAGGAGAUAAAAAAUAAUUUUCGGAUAAAUUUUUAUAUUUUAUAUGAAAGAUAAAAAAAUGUAAUAGAGAUAAAAUAGAAUACAAUCACGGAAUUGGCCUAAGAAAACUAACUCAGGUCAGGAAUAUGACAUAUGAUCUUCAAAUCACUGCAGUUUCUUAGGGUCAUAAUUGGGAAAUACAUCUGUCAGGAAGAUGUCUGAUAUUGAUUUUAUACUCAGAUCUGCUAUUGCAGUCCUCAAUGAGCCACAUAUUGUCAGAAAAUGAAUCCUUACCUUUAAAGAGAAUUAGAUUCACUGGUGCACUAAUUAAGAACCAAUUUGCUUAGUUAUCCACAACAUUCUUUCAAAAUGUAAAUGUCAAGACCAUUUUCAUGAGGUUUCAGCAUUGUUUCUCGUUUCCAGUACAUUUAUUGCACAACCAAAUAGAAAGUUUCAGUUCAACUGUUUUCAGAUGCCCAUUGUAUAUGAAACUAUGUUUCUUUUGAGUAAUCAAAGACUAUAUAAUAUCUUAAACUAUUAUCUACACAAAUUUUUGACUAAAUAUGCAGAUCUGAUCACAUGCUGUCCUCAGUUUUUUGUAAAAUUCUUGAUGUGUAUACAUAUGGCUGCAGUCCAUGUAAUUCUGUUACCAUGAGUAUUAGUGAUGUUGAAAAUAAACUUAAAUUCAAUUACCACUGAUCCCUAAUAUUAAGUAAAACUCUGUUUAUUCCUGGUAAAGCCACAUAUUACAUACUAUAUACUUGUACUUUAUUUUAUAUUAUAGAUGUGAAGUACUAAGUUUGUGUUUAGUAUUAGAGAAGAAUAAAUAAACAAGCUUUAUUGAGGCAUUUCUUCAGUCAUAAAUGCCUAAAAAUAUUUUCCUUCACAAAUGUCAGAGGCGUAAUUCUAUUACCACUGUGUAAUUCUGUUACCAUGUACUUCCCCAAAAGAAAGACCAAUCAUGAAAAUUUGUUGAUGAUAUUUGUGAAUAAAUUACUUUUCAAAAUAAAGUUGACCUUAUAAUGAA